AUGGACGACUAUAAUAACGCCGCACAGAACACCGACAUGGGCCGCAGACAGCCAAGCAACAUGACGAAUACUGUCACCCGGGCGCCCCAGAGACGCAGGCCAAACACGGCCUAUGACGGCCAUGAUUAUGGACAGCAACAGCACACAGUCAACGCAAACCAUGACGGCUACCCCAGCGUUGUCAACAACCAGGCCCUGGGUCGUGACGUGGAGACACAUUUUUCGAGUGUCUCAUGGCCUCCGAACUCAGGCCCAGCACUCGGGUUGCAACCCAGCGCACCGCAGUGUUACAAUCAGAUGAAUGAACCUCCCUUAUACCACGCUAUGAAGCUCCCUUAUGAAGCUCCCUCAUACCAGACUAUGCUUAACCACAGUGGCCGAGUUUCCAGGCAAUCGUUGAGCCAGAACCCCUCAAGCUCCCAGGAGUUUGCCCCUCAGCUGCUCCCACUGCCGGUGUAUAGCCAACACCAAUACAUUCCGCCGGGAUACCACCAGCCAAGUGAAGGUUACGAUAUCAAUGAAGCCAAUGGUGCCACGGCCGUUGAUGCGGCCCGGCCCUCCCAACAGGCAUGUCGUCAAGGCAGGGUGAAAACCUCACGGCCUACGGCAAGUCACGACGUGGCAGACUCAAAUACCGAGUAUGCUGCUACAGACCAUGAGAAUGACAAGGACAGCAAUGAUGCACCAGACAUCAGGAAACAGAAGCGCUGUCAGAAGAAGUACGAGGACCAAAAGCCUGAAAGAGACCCGAAGACGGGUAGAUUCUCCCAAGUAUGCAACCGUCGCAAACAGAAGAAAGAAGGAAGGCCCGAUACCAAGCCGGAGGAAGUCUACGAAAAUUUCGAAAACUUCCGUCUCAGAAAAGGAAUCAAUUUGAAAGCCAAGAACAUUCCCAAAGGUGAGAGUAACGAAGGGUUCGAAUACAACAAGUAUGGGCAGCUCAACCGUAAGACUUUUAGUACAGAGGAUAUUAGGGAGAUUGUCGAGUUUAAAAUCGAGGAAAGCCAAGAGUCAAAAGUGCCUCCGAAAGACUCACAAGAGCCUCCGAAAAAAGACUUCACAAUGUGGAUUCAGAGCGCCCCAUGCCAAACCGGCGAUCGUCUAGAUCUAGAUUGGGAUCAAAAUUGCAGGUGGGAAGAUUGCCCCGGAAAGAAUAGAACAGUUCGCCCAGGACAGUUCCGGGUUGCGUUCGAUGAGUUACCAAAUUUCACGGGAAAAGGACUCGUCGACCCCCUGAAACCAGCCCUCGUCUUACACCUACGGUGCUUCGAGGAGGUCUUCUCCAGAGAGGAGACGCAGAAAUAUCUCACCGACGGGGUUUUGAAAGGAGACAGGCGCGAAUUUGAGAGCGAAGAUAGAAACAUUGUGCGUUUGGACAAGGACGGCAAAGACCAUUCCCGCACCAUAAUCGAGGAAUGGCGGAAAGCCACAUACAAGGCGCAAGAGGCGAUUGCUCAGAAGAUGGUUGAUGCCAAACGCGAGGCCGGCGCCAGAAACAACAACAGUGGCAGCGGUGACUGCGAAUUCUACCAGGAACCGACAUACUCGGCUGGGCACCUUGCAUCCUUGACUUUUGCCUUGACUGCCUGGUACACCGACCAGAACACUAAAUAUAGAACCAUGGACGGAAAUGGGACAAGGGCAAGGAAACGAAAUGAACGCAACGAAGAAAGGCCCAAGGGCAUCAGGGCCACUUUCGAUUAUAGCUUUGGCGACAUUGAAUACUAUAAGAAAGCAAAAGAAGGACAGCAAAAUUACAGGAACAAACAGCCGGAAGAAAAGAAGAAGGCCGCUUCAAAACAGCCUGCGAGAAAAAAACAAGAAGACACAAAGCAUCGAGAUUCUUCCGAUGACCCCGAGACAAAACUUUUACAGGCCAAGGAACGGCUCGAGGAGGCUAAAAAAGGACUUUUACAGGCCAAGGAACAGCUUGAGGAGGCUAAAGAAAGACUCGACGACGCUCAGCAAAAUUACGACGAAGCGGAAGAGAAAAGGGACGCUCAGAAGCAUGUUCCCAAAAAGAAGGCUACCAAGAAGAAGGGUAAAAGGAACAACCCUGCGGCGCAGACAGCUGUCGAAGAGGCCAGCGAGAGCCUUGAGACAGCCAAACGCGACUGUAGACGUGCCCCAAAAGAGCGCAGCAGCGCCAAAGACACGGACGCGGUAGAGGAAUCUCCGAGAAGCCUUCAACAAUCGGCAAAAUCACAUGCCCCAGCUCAUACAGACGAUCUCGGUGAGAGGAGCGGAAACGAGCCCGCCAAGGAGAAUUCUGAACCCUCAUAUAACGACGCUAUCUACGAUCCAAGCUCAUUUUGGCUAUGCCUAACGGAUGCAAAUGGAGUCUUUGAAGGAGAAAGUUUGUAUACUUUACCAGGCACCGCCGGUCAGGACCAGCUCGCAGAUAACAAAAACCUGAAUUGCCCAGGCUCACUCGGCGCAAAUCAGGGGGAGUGGCUCGAGAACUGCCAUAAACCCCAGGAGAGUCUCCCAAUCGGGCUUACAAGAGAAGAUGUGCUGUUAUGGCAGGAACCCAUGUCCACGCCAACAUCCUACGCCUCGAUGUCAUCUACCCAGAUGCUAACGGCAUGGGCGUCGCAGGGCCGAGUCCUGGAGGAAGUGCCAGACUCGGACGAAGACAGGCCCCUCAGGGUGAAGCAAGAACCCUCGCAGCAGCGAGUCCUGGAGGAAGCACCAGACUCGGACGAAGACAGGCCCCUCAGGGUGAAGCAAGAACCCUCGCAGCAGCGAGGCCUGCAGGAACUACCAGACUACAACAACAACAGCGACCCCAGGACAGUGCCGUCACGCGUGGCAGCGCCGCGGAAGCGAGGCCAGCGCCAAAUAUCAGACUACAACGACGCCGAGGAGGCCCCCAGCACAAAGCGAGCUCGCACUGCGGCUCCGCAACAAGUCUCCAACACGGCAGCGGCAUGCCAUAUACCGUCCUACGGCCCGAACAGGCCAACAAGGAACAAGCGACGCGCCGACGGCGAUUUAGACGACUCUUCCCACAAGAGGAUGUGUCAAUAG